AUGCCGCCGAGCUUCGCGAAAGAUGCGUCCCUGGUCUUAGUUGGCAUGCGAUGCGCGGGAAAAUCAUCGCUGGCCACGAUAGCCUCCAGAGCCCUCAAGUGGAAGGUCAUUGACGAAAAGCUGCAGUUCGAAAAAGUAACCGGGUAUUCAGUCGCUGGGUAUAUUGAGAAAUAUGGCCACCAUGCCUACUGUGCCCAAGAAGUCACAGUGCUAAAUACCAUUCUCGCACAAAAUCAGCGGCGCUGCAUCAUCGUGUGUAGUUCGUCCUGUGUCCAGACACAGGCGGGCCAGGAUCUACUACGAGAGUACCUUGCGACAGUUCCAAUUGUGCAUGUCAUGCGAGACAGGCAAGUGCUCCAGGCCAACCUACAAAGCAAAUGGCAAGGGGAUGUCAUCAAAGUUCUGCGCGAACAGGAGCUGGUUUACUUGUCUUGUUCGAACCUCACUUUCUUCAAUCGAGACGACCCAAGCCUGCGAUCUGAGGUCGAAUCAGAUCAUGGGGCGUUCUUCGAGGCCCUGAUCCCAUCUUCAGAACGGCCUACGAAUCGGUCUCUGUCUCUCAAACACGUUGAGUCAGACUUUUUGCGGUUCCUGCGCAUUGUAUAUGACGAGGGAGAUGAGAAGAUCGGCGUUAGCAGAGACUGGGACAUCUUCACCUACUCGCUUCAACUCCCCUUUCGUGACUUCAAAGUUUGUGGUUUCGAAUUAGAUUGGAUAGCAUGCUGCGCGGAUGUUCUCCAAGUCCAGGUUGAUUUAUUGGUCCAGGGAUAUCUAGAUACGGAUACUACUGGUCAUCAUUGGUGGGAAUAUGUCGUGGACCAAUUGGCACUUCUCCGGAGGCAUACAACACAACCCAUAUUAUACCAUGCGACCUCAGGAUAUUCACCCUCCCCGCUCAAACCAGAUUACCUUGACAUUAUUCUGCUCGGCCUCAGGGUCGGGGCUGAAUUCGUCACGGUCGACCUGGGCCAAGACGAAGCUCAAAUAAAAGCCAUCACAGCCCAAAAGGGACAUUCCAAAAUUGUUGGCUGGUUUUAUGAUUCGGACUCAAUGCGGACAGGGGGUUGGACAGGACAACAUCGACUGGAGUUGUAUCGUAAGGCAGUUGAUAUGAGCUGUGAUAUUUGCUUUGCUCACAGCAUGAACACUAGUGGCCCACUACCGGUGUCUGCAUAUAACACAAAUCGCCUGGGCCGACCGUCACAGUGCUUCAAUAAGUUACUGACACCGGUUGCUCACCCAGAUGGGAUUGAGAAAGAGCGAGGAACAAUCACCAUACCUCAAGUGCAGGCUGCACUCUUUGCCUCAUUCAAUUGCGAGCCAUUGCGAUUCUUCGUUAUGGGAUCGAACGUGCGAUACAGUGUCGCGCCGAUUUUACAUAACUCUGCGUUUGAUGUCUACGGCAUGCCUCAUGUUUAUUCUAUUCUGCAAACAGAUACAUUUAAGGCCCUCAAGGGCUUAAUGCGGGAUGAUGACCUGGGUAGCUUGGGGCUUUCUUCUCCAUUCAAAACGGCUAUCAUUCCUUACUUGAAAUCUAUGAGCUCUGAUGCUCAGUUUAUUGGAGCUGUCAACACCGUUUUGCCUAUACGGAACUUGGGGCAAGAGAACGUAGCCGACAGUACUCUACCUCACCAACUCUCUAUAGCUGAACAACGCAAUCGAGCCGGCCCCGUGCUUGCCCUUCAUGGAGAAAAUACUGAUUGGAAGGGUAUCAGAGCCUGUGCUCUCCGCCAUCUGUCUCCAGUAAACGCCGUCACACCAGUAUCUACAGCACUGAUCAUCGGUGCCGGUGGAAUGGCGCGGGCAGCCGUUUACGCCCUGAUCCAGUCUGGUAUCCGGCAUAUACUAAUUUAUAAUAGAACCCCCGAACACGCCAUGGAUCUCGUGGAUCACUUCGAGGGGAUGUAUCGCAGCAGUAGCGGAGACCCGACUGAUAAAACCGAGCAAACCCAGGGCAAGCGGGCGACGAUAUCCAUCUUCCAUUCACUGGAGGACCCUUGGCCGAGUAAAUUACGCUUACCCACAGUAAUCGUGAACUGCUCGCCGAUCCCUGGAGACCGCAUUAUGCCGGCACCACUUCUGGAACAGAAUAGGGUCGAAUUCGAACCGGCCGUGUCGGUGCCAACGGCGUGGUUAAAGAGUCCAACUGGAGGUGUCUACUUAGAGCUCGCCUACAACAGUACUUUACCGUCUCCGGAGCUUCGUCGCAUCUGCUCACAUCAAGGCUGGAUUGGUGUACCGGGUUUGGAAAUCUUUAUUGAAGUAGCCUCUGCCCAAUUCGAGUUCUGGACCGGACGUCGGCCUCCAACAUAUAUUAUGAAAAGGAAAUUGGCCCAAUACCUGCGUGAACUACAAGACUCCAUUUGA